GUAAUAGUUUACCUCAGAAAUUCGUUCGAAAUCUGUGACUCAAAGGCGUUAUUUCAGUCGGAUUUAACAGCAACAGCCGCCUUAUUGAUGAGCGGAUUACUCUGAAAAACAGUCUUUUAUCGAGAGGAGUGUGUGUGUGUUUGAGAAGUAACAACACGAAGGCAAACUGAGGGGAAAUGAGCAGGUAGUUUAGAGUUUUGUUCCCCUUCACAGGAGCGUUCGCUGUGUGGAGUCACUGAGCACUGCAGACUGAACCGACACCAAAGACAUGGCUGGUGUUUUAUCUCCUCCUCACUUACAGUUACUGUGUGUACUGUUUGUUUGUGUCCUCGACACCACUGGAGGUUUGGCUUCUCAAACGGCUCAGUUCUCGUCGUAUGAAGUGAGCGUACCGAAACGCAUCGGCAGACACAGGAGAGAGCAGGACGGCUCAGUUUCCAAUAAGGUGUCCUACGUUAUCCCAGCUCAGGGGAAAGAACAUGUCGUCAUCCUGGAAAGGAAUGAGUUUCUCCUGCCAGACGAUUUCACUGUGUAUUCCUACGCCAAGGACGGAUCACUGAUCACCGAAAGGCCCAACAUGAAGGAUCACUGUCAUUACCGUGGUUAUGUGGAGGAUGUAGAAGGUUCCUCUGCUGCUCUGAGUCUCUGCUCUGGAUUACGGGGUGUGAUCCACAUGCAGAACACCAGUUUAGGCAUUGAGCCUCUGGAGGGUUCAUCAGAUAACGAGCACCUCGUCUACCACCUGGAGGACGUCAAGAUGGAGCCUUUUACCUGUGGCACGCCUCACUCCCAUCACCAUGGCGACCAAGUACCAUCUGGCCAUUCCCACAUCACCACAUCUGGUUUACCUGUCAAUCAUCAGAUCAGAAAAAAGAGGGCAGUGCUACACCAGACACAUUACGUGGAGCUGCUGGUGGUGGUUGAUAAUGAGAGAUUCAACUACACAAACCGCAAUCAGACGGCGGUGCGAGAGGAGAUGGUGCAGCUCGCUAACUACGUUGACAGUAUGUACAUAGCUCUGAACAUCCGGGUGGUGUUGGUGGGGUUGGAGAUCUGGUCUGUGGUGAACUUUAUCAAUACAGACGGCAGUGCAGGUGAGGUGCUCGGACGCUUCACUCAGUGGAGGGAGAAGGAGCUCGUCCCCCGUCGUCGCCAUGACAGCGCUCAGCUCAUCCUGAAGAAAGGAUUUGGGAGUACAGCAGGCAUGGCGUUUGUGGGCACGGCCUGCUCCAGGAGUCAUGGGGGCGGGAUCAACGCGUUCACCAAUAAAAACGUAGCAUCAUUUGCUUCCAUUGUGGCUCAUGAGCUCGGCCAUAAUCUCGGGAUGAACCACGAUGAUGAUGGGAGAGACUGCAGAUGUGAUGGGGGCAACUGCAUCAUGAACUCAGGGGCAAGUGGCUCACGGAACUUCAGCAGCUGCAGCGCGGACGACUUUGAGAAGUUGAUCCUGAACGCUGGAGGCACCUGCCUGCUGAACGUCCCACGGCCCGAAGAGGCCUACAGCGCCCCCUACUGCGGAAACAAGCUGGUGGACAUGGGAGAGGAGUGUGACUGCGGCUCUGAGGAGGAGUGUGAGAAGGACCCCUGCUGUGAGCCUAAGACGUGUAAACUCAGAGCUGGUGCUGAGUGUGCCUUUGGAGUUUGCUGCAAGUACUGCAGGUUUCUCCCCGGCGGCACCGUGUGCAGGAGCAGUACGGACGAAUGCGAUUUGCCGGAGUACUGCAACGGCUCGACCGCUCUGUGCCAGGCCGACGUGUUUAAGCAGAACGGACACCCGUGUCGCGAUGGCGUGGCUUACUGCUACAACGGCUUGUGCCAGCAUUAUGACAGCCAGUGCCAGGCUCUGUUCGGUCCCAAGGCAAAAGCUGCUCCCGAGGCUUGCUUUAAAGACGUGAACUCUAAAGGCGACCGCUUUGGGAACUGUGGCUACCAGGGCAACAGCAUGAAGAAGUGUGAGAGCAGGAAUGCCAUGUGUGGUAAGCUGCAGUGUGAGAAAGUGCAGAAAUCCAUCGUGUUCGGUAUCAAACCCUCCAUCAUCGAGACCCCCAUCGGAGACACCACCUGCUGGGGAGUGGACUUCCGUCUGGGCACCGACGUUCCUGACCCAGGCAUGGUCAAUGAAGGCACCAAGUGUGGAGAGAACAAGGUUUGUUUAAACUACGAGUGCAGAAGCUCCGACGAGCUAAAAUACGACUGUGACGUACAGAACAAAUGCCACGGUCAUGGGGUGUGUAACAGCAACAAGAACUGCCACUGUGAAUACAACUGGGCUCCACCGUUCUGUGACACCGCCGGCUACGGCGGCAGUAUAGACAGCGGCCCCACAUGGAACGAUAAAGACAGAUCUACAAGAGACGGUCUGCUGGUUUUCUUUUUCCUGGUUCUUCCUCUCCUGGUUUUGUGCUUCUUCGCCUUCGUCAGGAGAAACGAGCUGCGACGACGAUUCUGCAGGAAAAAGCGCUCUCAGGGUUACGAAGCGGACAGCAGGCCGCAGACCAAUAACACCCGAAUUCCUGCGAAUCAGCGUGGGAAUCCCAGCAGCAUAGUGAAAGACGGAGUGGUUCACACGAGUAAGACCUCGUCAUCGGCGCCACCGUACACCGCCAGACCUCCACGCCCUGCGUUCACACGACCCCCUCCUCCUGCCAGUCAGCUCCUGCCUCAGAGACCUGCCCCUCCUCCCCCUGUAUAACACAUACCACACACAUCCAGGACAGGUGUGUGUGUGUGUGUAGAAAACCCAGACGGUGUGUGUGAGCUUUCACGUGACCCCCUGCCCCCUGAACAUGACUCCGCCUCCUCGGCUUUUAACCAUUUGUCACCUGUCAAUCAAACAGCUGCUAAGCAGAAGUCGUACGAAAAGGCCGGGACCUGAGAUCUAACGGGCCCGAUGUCUCCGAUUCGAGGUUCCAAUGGCAGCAAGUUGAAUCUCUGAUUUGUAUUAUUACGUUUGUUAUUAUUAUGGGAUGUAAAGGACCAGAACCACUGCAGCCGAUUGCACUUUGGUAUAUUUACGGCACAAAACAGUACAUUAACGUCAAGAUUCCUGAGUAAUUAGGCCUUUUUUUUUUUUUUUUUUUUUUGUCCGUGUCAAACGUGGGACGUUAAUGCGGCAAGCAUGAAAUUUAACACGAAUAAUAUGAUUUAGUAUAAAAGAAAAAACAAUCAGUUGUCCGUUUCUGCAUCGUCUGCCUUUUACGUUGGACGCAUAAAUGCUGUUUUUAAAAAAUAUAUAUAACUUAUUAUUCAAAAUAAUUUGACACCAUUUGAAAAAUGGGAAAUGCAUUUAGAUGAACAGGAGUUAAAAUAAAAUAAAAAUGGUGGGGGGGGGGGAGAAAGUAUUUGUUUGUAAUCAUUUCUUUAAAGGUAAAAACAAAUCAUGAUGUCCUAAAUAGAAAAUGUACAUAUAUUUUUAAAAAAAAAGAAAAAUAAUAUAUAUGCAAAAUACCAUUGAUGCAAACAUGACAAGCCAUUUAAUUAUUUUUUUAUUUUUAUUUUUUAUUUUUUUCCCCGAUCUGGUUUGGAAGAUGCCGUGUGUUUCUUCUGUUUCAAAACGAAAGGUCAUAGUUUAAUCCUGCAAUAUAAACAAACUCGGUGCACUGUCGGAGUUUCUUCCUCUUUUGUUGAACUUUUAUAUAUAUAUUUAUCUCUCUCCGAGCAGAUAAACCUCUAAAAGCUUAGUGUGAUUCUUUUCAUGUCAUUUUUUUAAUUAGAAACGGUUGUAUUGUGGUGUAAAAUAUCUUGUCUGGGUUUAAUCUGAGAAAUUAAAGCCUUAUUUUAUAUCAUCUUUAAAGGGCUAUGUGUCAGAGAACCCUGUUCAGAUCCAGUAAUGCAAUAUUCAUUCAAUAUUCAAAUCACACACAGCUGUUUGUUAAGCAUUCACUAAUGUGUGUGUGUGUGUGUGUGUGUGUGUGUGUGUGUGUGUGUGUGUGUGUGUGUGUGUGUGUGUGUGUGUGUGUGUGUGUGUGUGUGUGUGUGUGUGUGUGUGUUGUGUGUGUGUGUGUGUGUGUGUGUGUGUGUGUGUGUGUGUGUGUGUGUGUGAGAGAGAGAGAGAGAGAGAAAGUGCCAUACGGUCUCUAAUAACACCGAGCAUCUGGUCUGAAUUGAUUUUUCUUCCUUUCUUUUCCGUCUGUUUCAUAUCGUUCUGAUUGCACUGUGUUCCCGAUACUUCCAGCUCCUCUCAGCGCUGUUUGAGGAACAAAGUUGCACUUUGAUCCCAACAAAACAAAAACGAAGACAAACGUAUUGUUAUUACUGUAAAUGGAUGGGAACUUGUGUUGUAAGAUGAUAUUAUUGCAGUGUUUAAACCGAAUCGAGAACGAACUCGAAGACUCUCUGGGUUGCUUUGUGACGUGUUUGCUGAAGAUUUUGAUUUGGCUAUUGCACAUGAAAAUAAAUAUUACUGUCAUGAUUCUAUACAAA